AUGGCCGGCCUCGGUGACCUGAACAUGGCGAACCCGGUGUUCGUCACCUACCUGUUCUACGCGGCCGUGCUGGGCCUGAAGACGCUGUUCAUGUCGCUGUUCACUGUCCGGCACAGGAUGGGAAACAAGGUGUUUGCCAACCCGGAGGACGCCAAGGGCCUCCAAGGCAAGGUCAAGUUCGACCACCCGGACGUGGAACGGGUGCGGCGCGCGCACCUGAACGACUUAGAGAACGUGCUACCGUUCCUGAUACUGUGCCCGCUGUACCUGGCCACCGGGCCGGCCGCCGCCACCGCCACCACCCUCAUCAGGGUGUUCGCCGCUGCCCGGCUGCUGCAUACCGUCGUCUACCUAAAUGUGGUGCCGCAGCCGUCCCGUGCGCUCUGCUUCAUGGUCGGGAUGGGCGUCACCGUCUACAUGUGCGUCCAGAUCCUGCUGGCCACCAUGUAG